GCAGUGGUUGUUUUGCGCAACGUCGUCCAACAGUUAAAUGCCGACAAUGGUACGUAAAAGUGUUUUGAAAACGGAGAAUUUUUUUAAGUUUGUUGUUGUUACAUAGUGGGAAUUUUAUUUGUUUUAAAUUAUUUGCGUGCGCAGUUUGCUGAAAUUGAAUAUUACAUAGAAAGAAAGCAAAAAAAAAAAUAAAUAAAUAAACAAAACCAAUGAAACGCCGCCGCGUCUAAAAUCACAAAUGUCAGAAAAAAUGUUUAUGUGCGUGAGUGUGUAAAUAUCAAUUGUUAAAACAACCAAACAGAUGAAAUCCAAAAUAUAACAAGAAGAAGAAAUCACAAUUGGCCAGGAAAUGCUGCCAUGAAUAAAUAAUAAAAAAAAAAAUGUAAAAAUGAAAGAUAAAAGUUGGAAAAAAUAAAGAAAAUACCCUACCAUACACAUGCAUACGCAUUUUGCGAUAAGAAGAAAUAAGUGCAACAAAAGAAAAUUGAAAAGUUGUGGUGUUAAUUAAAUUGUAAAAGCAAAGCAGAAAAAAUCGAUUAAAUAUUAAAGCUACUUAAGUGAGAAAAAGUUUACGAAGAGUGAUUGUUUUCAAAUAAAAUAGUAAUGAAAGUCUUUUCAAAUACCAAUUUAUAGAAAAAUCAAAGGCAAUGCUGACAACUAGCUGCUACUUCCAAAAACCCUGACACCACCUCCACCAAUAACAACAAGCAAUAAAAAAGUGCGGCAUUUAUUCUUGACACACAUACAUACAUCAACAAAAAAACGUUGGGGUUUUUUUGGAGAUAAUACCUAGCCAAAUACUAAAGUGAAGUAAAGAAAAAUAACAAAUCAACGAAAUCGAAAAGCGUGAGAAACACACAGCAGCGAAAGAGAGUGAGAGCAAGUAAGCGUGUGUUUUUGUGCCGGGAAGAGAGUCACACAAAAACCUAAUAAUACAUUUAUCCAUGACUGGCGCUUUUAAAUGAUUAACAAUUAUCGUGCUUCUCGUUUUGCCUGCUGAUAACAACAUUGGCAAAAAUGAAUUCAUCAACUAGGGAAACUAAAGCUGCAGCCAAAGCUCAUAAGAAGCAACAAAAAUCUAUCAAAAAACAGCAGCAGCAGCAACAACAGAAGGGAAAUGGUCCCACUGAACAAACUUUGAUGAAAAAUCAAAGAAAUUCGCAACCAAUUCCGGCAAAAAAUGGCAACCCUACUACAGGGGUGGGGGUGUCUGUUAAUCACAACAACAAUAAUAUAAAUGCAGAAAACAACAACAACUACAGUAGUAGUAGUAGUAGUAGUGACAAUGGCUCCAACAAUGUCAGCCAAAAGCUACGAGCCUAUCUCGAGCAACAACAACAACAAAAACAACAACUACUCAAUAAUAAACCCAUUUUACCAGAUGGCCUACCAAAAUUUGAAAGAUCUGGCAGCUUUUCCUUAAAGGGCAAACUCUCAAAACUCAUCAAUUCCAUAACGAGUAGCAAGGAAAAUUUGACAAAGACGGAGGAGGAUGGUGGGGAUUUACCCUUCAAGUUUAGCCGCAGUCGUUCGUUAAUCUUACCCAGGCGUUCAAAUCGCCGUAGUCUAAUUGAGCCUCAAUUGGAGCAGUUAUCAGAGGAAGCGGAUGCUUCAUCUCCAGCUUCGCCUAGAAAAAAUUCGGUGGAAAAUGUAGAAGUCACCCCGGAUAGGCCUCUAGCUAACCCAGAAGGAGGUACUGCCACCAUAACGGCCUCCAAUACCUCCACGCCUUUGGAAGCGGGUGGUCCUUUGAAUAAACCGCGCAAGACUUCCACACCAGUGCUGCUAGCUGAUCCCAAUUUUGAUCCCAUAGCGAAUUUCAAGAAACGCCGUUCCAAUACCCUUAUGUCCUCUUUCAAAAGUACCUUUGCUGGCCUUACAGGCAGUGAAAAGAAAAAGGAAAAACUCAAUGACAAAUGGAGAGCUUCGCUGCAAUCCCUGCAGGCAAUUGACAAUAUGGUCAGCUAUGAGAAUAUGUCUUUCAUAGAUUAUGAUAAGUUCAAUGGCUAUGAGAAGCAACUGGAGCGCAAACUAUCCCAGAUUAGCCUUAUGGAUCCCUCACUACUAAACCAUUCGAUGAUGGCGGCCGAUGUAUCGCACAUCCCUUCGUCCGAUAACUCUUCGUACAUUAUGCCCUCACAUUCGCCGGGUACACCUUCAAACGUUUCGACUCCCUCACCCUUUGUCACACCCCAAACGGUAGUGCGACGUCGUAAAACGUCUACAUCCUUGCACGGUUCCACUCGCAAAUUGGCCGAACGCCGCAGUGUAUCGCGUACCAGCUUUACCAUGGACUCGGACUAUGAACACAAUUUGGAUAAGCCGCGUAAUGUGUAUCGUGAGAGUUUGGAUUCGCGUAAGCUGGAAUUGUUAAAUCAAAUGUCGCGUAAUUCGUACAUAUUGGACAGUGAUUUGGUGGAUAUUCUAGACCUGGCUUUGGUAUCAACUCAGAGACCUUCGUAUAGAAGGGGAUGCAGUCACCUGAAUACUGGACGAGAUGCUGUUGAUGGUGCCGUCGCCGGUGGUCAUGUACAGGUAAGUUCAAACGACUAAACUUAUUAAGGUAGCUAAUGACCAUAGUGGUAAGUCAUGCACAUUUAACCUCGGUUACCAACUGCUUCAUCCGGAGACCUUGCCCAUUGGGCUCGCCCUAGUGGAAGUUAGAAGAGAAAAAGAAAACGGAGUAAAACAGGUAGAGUUAAUUCCCAGCCGAACCGCACAAACUGAAAAGACUAUGGAAAAACAAAGAGGCAAAAAAGUGGAAAACCAAAUUUACCUAUGAACAUUCCAUUCAGGAACAAGUAUGUGAAUAUGGGGUAUUCUUAUAAAUUUCACUAUUUCAGAUGACUUGUGUAAUAAAUGUGGCUGUAAAGGGAUUAAUAACUUAAAUCGGCUGAUAGGUUUAUAUGGCAACUAUAUUAAUAUGGUCCUAUGUGGACCAUAUUCGGUUGGGAGGUCAAGGGGCCUAACAAAACUCACUGUUCUAAAUUACUGUAAUAUGCUUGAAACCCUUUUGCGGUAGAUCGGUUCACAUGACAACAAUAUCCAAAUCGGGUCCCAUUACCAAAUCUGGCAACGAGGUUGCGUAACGCCAUAAAAUCCGAUUUUGCUCAAGAACUUAACCUUCGUACAGAAAAAAAUGGAUCUAUGUCAAAUUGCAGCUCAACAUCAUUUUUUUUUUCAAACUGUGGCGUGAUUACAGUAGACCAACAGGCACACGGACAUCGUUACACUUGGGCUAUAAUUUAAUUUUUAAAAAGUUGAAAGCAGCCUUCAAUAAUGGUAAAACUGAGAUUAAAGAAACAGGCGACUGGUCACUUCACUGAGAGGAGUGAAUUUCGUUUUGUAAAGUUAAACGAGAUUCCAAACAUCUGCAAUACACGCCGGAACUCUCGUGUCAUUCUGGCUCCUCUUGCGUUUAUUCUGAUGCCUGAAACCCGGAACAAAUUGUGUUAAAUCUGCUAGUUAAUUUCUUACGCAGAGGAUGAUCAUUGGUUUAGUCAUUUGUUUCGCGCAGAAGAUUUUGAAGAACUAUCUGUAGCUCUGAAUAACUACCCAAGAGCUCUCAAAUGCUUGAAUACUCAUCGGUUAAAAGAUGAAUCUCCAAUCAACAUUGCCCGGAGCAAGCAGUGCUGUAUAGUGGUGGUUAUAAACAAGUCUAUAGUGGUGCUUAUAAACAAGUAGAUAACAAGUCGGACCGGGAAGAAAUUACGAACGGUGAAUAUGGUCCAGCCUGUCAUUUGAGGAUUCUACAAAACUCCAGAAUGACCAGACAAGAUUAAGUGCCUUGAGGGAAUCGAUUCACGAAAAGAUGUGUUUACCCAUUACCUGUGUCUUCUCAUCUCAACUGCGGGGAAGAAACACAAAAAGUGCUCGACAGUGUCCAACGCCUGCUGGUCAUCGCACACACUGCAGUCUGCCUGUUCCUGUGUCCAGCGCAACUUCAAAUCGCUGAAACUCGGGCACAGAGCAUUAGCCAUACUGCAACCCGAAGUACCAGCCCAAGCCCCACUCGCGCGGUCAAUGUACAUAGAGGCCAUUCAGAUUCCGUAGCGCAACGUGCGGCAAUCAGCGGUUGCUCCGUUUCCCUCAACUUCUUGAUGGCCCGGGACCCAACAGAAUCUGACAGCCUAUGCCUUGGUUCAAACAGAAACUCUUUACAUUUUCUAACCAGUGAUGACCUCACAUGGCCCGAUGCCAGAUCCUUCAGCACCUUUUCACUGCCGCCGCCCGACAUUCGCCGCAUCGACAUUCUUUCCGUCUGGACGACGCUGCAAUCAUCCAGAAUCCUAUACGAUUUCUUCUUACUUUAAUUGGCUAUGACAGAAUAUUUCUUCCACUGGCCGAACGUAGAAUAGCGUUCCAAGCGCCUCGAUAUUCUGCGCUCAUUCUAAAAUCUCUGACACCAAGUUUCGAGGUGUCUCCCCCAACUUGAUCUUUCCA